AUGUCGUCAAGAAAAGCGAAAUCUCAACCCAAAGCUCCGACGCCUCCGGCGCAGAGAAACGUUGUUUUCUUCCAUCCAGACCUAGGAAUUGGAGGGGCAGAGAGACUCAUCGUUGAUGCCGCUGUCGGAUUGCAAGAACUUGGACUCAAAGUGACCAUAUUCACAUCCCAUUGUGAUCCACAACAUUGCUUCGAGGAGGCUCGAGAUGGCACCCUUGACGUGAGAGUCCGCGGAAACUCCCUCUUUCCCCCCACCCUGUUGAACCGUUUCCAUAUCCUACUUGCCAUUCUGCGGCAAAUACAUCUGGUGAUAUCUAUAUCUGUAUGGAGCAAUGAACUAGACAAACUAAAACCCGAUGCAUUUGUGGUGGAUCAACUCUCUGCCUGCGUUCCUCUCCUGCGAUGGCUCUAUCCCAAGUGCCAGCGGACAUUAUUUUACUGCCAUUUCCCCGAUCAACUCCUGGCUGAUCGUCGUACAUCCGGACCCCUAGGUCUGCUGAAGAAACUCUACAGACUGCCGUUCGACUGGUUCGAGGGCUGGAGCAUGAGUGGAAGUGACAAAAUAGUGGUCAACUCCAAUUUCACAAAGUCCAUCGCAUCCCAGGUGUGGCCAGCCUUGGCCAACUCUUUUGGUGUAGUGUACCCAUGUGUCAAUGUCGAGCCUGAAGAACAAAGAGUGGAGCAAGGCUCGUUAUGGAACAACAAAUAUAAGAUUCUUCUGAGCAUAAAUCGCUUCGAGCGGAAGAAGGAUAUAGGCCUCGCCAUUCGAGCAUACAACACUCUCCCCACAUCCGACCGCAAAGGUACACGACUCAUUAUAGCCGGCGGCUAUGACCAACGCGUGAGCGAAAAUGUUCAAUACCACAAGGAACUAGUCGAUCUCGCGGAGGGUUUAGGCCUAGUCACCGCAACCGCCAAAACCGUCCCGACCGCCCUGGCAAUACCCAACGAGAUCCAGGUCCUCUUCCUGCUUUCCGUGCCGGGAGUCUUCAAAACAACCCUCCUACAGAACGCACGUCUCCUCCUCUACACACCCACAAAUGAGCACUUCGGCAUCGUGCCCGUUGAGGCAAUGCAACACGGCCUCCCGGUCCUGGCAUCCAACACAGGCGGUCCACUGGAGACCAUCGUGGAGAACGAGACAGGGUGGCUGCGCGACGUCGCCAAAGUCGACGACUGGGCCGCCGUAAUUCGCAUGGUCAUACACGACCUGACGCCCCAACAACUCCAGAAGAUCCGUGUCAAUGGACAACAACGAGUGAGCCAACACUUCACGCGACGCACCAUGGCCGACAAAUUCAACGCCGAGCUGGCGACUUUGCUACAAGGCAAGCGGAGCACUUUCUUGGAAAGAGGGGACAUCGUCCUCGCCGUUGGGGUUAUACUUGCCUUCGCUGCGGCAUUGUUCGCCACGAUCUUCAAAGCGCGCUUCGGCGGCAGUUUGGGCAAAGGCGACCCUCGACUGACCGAGUUUGCACGGGCGAGGAGAACGAGUGCGCCUGGCUCCGAGGAGGAGAUGAAGUUCUUCGGGCAGCAGCUGUAG